GUUUUAUUUAUUUUAUCUGCGUGUUUUAACGACUAUCGUUUAGUAGCUAUAUUCUGUCUUUUCGUUAUAUGAUCUUUGUUUUUCGCCACCAUAAUCUCAACAAUUCUAUAAAGUUAUUAAUAUUUUACAGUUUUAAGUUGUUUAGGUUUAAUAAUGGAAAACACCAAACCAAGAUGGCGACGUCUACCUCGACCAUCCAGUUCGAACUUGAAACAAAUGUUCAAGUCAGUUUGUAAAACCGACGAUAAAACAUUGACGCCGAGGUUCACGGAAAUAUCGCGUUCGCCCAAUAUUACGUAUAGAAGGAAGAAAAGAACCAAGCAUUAUGACGCCACUGAAACAUCGGUGAACCAAUAUGACGUCAUAGAUACAAAAUCCGUCAUGCAGAACUCUCCUCAAGUCACGUGUGUUAAACCAACCAAUCAAAAGUUGCCUAAACCUCGACUGCCACCAUGCGGUAGCCCUGCAUCGAUAAUAACCACCGAUAGUGGUCGCAUCUCUCUUGAAAGGUCACCCGAGGUCACCUGUCAAUCACACCAAGUACCAUUAUCUACAUAUUAUGACGUCAUAGAUGGAAAACAGACCACCGAAAGAGCGCGUCGCGUUCUAUUAAAAGAAACAACUAAUUCUAAAAUACCAAAGUCAUCUUGCACUUAUGACGUCACAGACACAAGAUUCCAGUAUCCCGAUAAGUUAUCGUCUGUGACGUCACACACAGAGACAAUAGAAGUUUGUGACAAUGGAACAGAGGAUCAUUAUGACGAACAAUGCGACAUGGAUUCAUCUGUUUGCAGCUUGGUGUCGCUAGUAAGCGAGUCUACGUCAGAACAUAGAAAUAAUAUAAAACCGGAUGUGAGGAGGAGAUCACCUGGUUGGACGAGGAAUCGAUCUUUCUUCCUCAGGAUGACGGAGAACAGGAGGAAGCAACACAAGAGGGCGUGGGAGAGCACCAAGUCGUUGACAAAUGAAAGAUUUCCUGUGAUAUCGAAGAACGAACAACUUGCCAAUGAGAUGGAAGAACUACGUCACAUCAUUGAAAUGCAGGAAUCUGAAAUUGAAUUGUUACAAGCGGAAGUCAAGACGACACGUCAUAAUAACGACGAUUGUUCAAACAAUGAGGUGACUAUGACGCAACUACAACGUGAUCAAUCCAACCAAUCAACGACGAGCAACAUAGAAACCAAGCUUACCUCCGAAUCCGCACGGUGGAGCAACAUAGCAACCGCGUCAACGCAAACCGAACAAACGUCACGUCACAAUAACUUCAGAUAUUACGUGAAACGUAGCAUUGUCUACGUCAUACCAACCUUUCUAUUGUAUCAAACAAUCAUCAAUAAUGACGUCAUAAACCUGUUUAACAAUCAUCGAUUGUUCUUUAACAAUGAAUAGUGACGUAACAGUGAAACUUCUUCAAAUAAAUAAUCAUUCAACUGUGACGUAA